GCAGUGGCUUGUCUGGCCGAGGAACUGCUGCUCCAGGUCGCAGGGAGUGUGGCUGUGUCUCCAAGGCAGCAGCCUGGCCUGUUUGUGGAGCGGUGCAUGAGUGCCAUGCAGGCAGGGACGCAGAUGGUGAAGCUCCGAGGUGGCUCCAAAGGUCUCGUCCGCUUCUACUACCUGGAUGAGCACCGCUCCUGCAUCCGAUGGCGGCCCUCACGCAAGAACGAGAAAGCCAAGAUCUCCAUUGACUCCAUCCAGGAGGUGAGCGAGGGCCGGCAGUCCGAGAUCUUCCAGCGCUACCCCGAUGGCAGCUUCGACCCCAACUGCUGCUUCAGCGUCUACUACGGUGACCACCGGGACUCACUGGACCUGGUCUCCUCCAGUGGGGACGAGGCCCGUAUCUGGGUCACCGGCCUGCGCUAUCUGAUGGCUGGCAUCAGCGACGAGGACAGCCUGGCCCGUCGGCAGCGCACCAGGGACCAGUGGCUGAAGCAGACGUUCGACGAGGCCGACAAGAACGGGGACGGAAGCCUGAGCAUCGGCGAGGUCCUGCAGCUGCUGCACAAGCUUAACGUGAACCUGCCACGGCAGCGCGUGAAGCAGAUGUUCAAGGAGGCAGACACAGAUGACCAGCAGGGCACACUGGACUUCGAGGAGUUCUGUGCCUUCUACAAAGUGAUGUCCACCCGCCGAGACCUGUACCUGCUCCUGCUGGCCUACAGCAACCACAAGGACCACCUGGACGCCGCUGACCUGCAGCGCUUCCUGGAGGUGGAGCAGAAGAUGACAGGUGUGACUCUUGAGAGCUGCCGGGACAUCAUUGAGCAGUUUGAGCCCUGCCCGGAAAACAAGAGCAAAGGGGUACUGGGCAUUGAUGGCUUCACCAACUACACUCGCAGCCCAGCUGGCGACAUCUUCAACCCUGCUCACCACAGCGUGCACCAGGACAUGAGUCGCCCGCUGAGCCAUUACUUUAUCACCUCGUCCCACAACACCUACCUCGUGGGUGACCAGCUCAUGUCCCAAUCCCGCGUGGACAUGUAUGCCUGGGUCCUGCAGGCCGGCUGCCGCUGCGUGGAGGUGGACUGCUGGGACGGGCCUGACGGUGAGCCCAUUGUGCACCACGGGUACACUCUGACCUCCAAGAUCCUCUUCAAAGAUGUCAUCGAAACCAUCAACAAAUACGCCUUCAUCAAGAACGAGUACCCAGUGAUCCUGUCCAUAGAGAACCAUUGCAGCGUUGUCCAGCAGAAGAAGAUGGCCCAGUACCUGACGGAUAUCCUCGGGGACAAGUUGGACUUGUCGUCUGUGAGCGGCGAGGACCUCUCCAUGCUUCCCUCUCCAGAGAUGCUCAAGGGCAAGAUCCUGGUGAAGGGGAAGAAGCUCCCAGCCAACAUCAGUGAAGAUGCCGAGGAGGGCGAGGUGUCUGAUGAAGACAGUGCCGACGAGAUUGACGAUGACUGCAAGCUUCUCAAUGGGGAUGCCUCCACCAACCGGAAGCGUGUGGAGAACAUUGCAAAGAGGAAACUGGAUUCCCUCAUCAAGGAGUCCAAGAUCCGGGACUGUGAAGACCCCAACGACUUCUCUGUGUCUACCCUGUCCCCUUCAUGGAAGCUAGGGCACAGGGCUGAAGGCAAGAAGGGGCAGAGCAAAGCUGAAGAGGACGUAGACUCUGGGGAGGAUGCCGGGGCCAGUCGGCGGAACAGCCGGCUCCUUAUGAACAGCUUCUCCAAGCGCAAGAAAAAAGGCAGCAAAUUAAAGAAGACAGCCAGUGUGGAGGAGGGAACAGAGGACCUGGACUCCCAAGGAAGCCAGAGCCGAGGGGUGACCCGGCAGAAGAAGACCAUGAAGCUGUCACGGGCCCUGUCAGAUCUGGUGAAGUACACCAAGUCUGUGGGAACUCAUGACGUGGAGACCGAGGUGGCAUCCAGCUGGCAGGUGUCAUCCUUCAGUGAGACCAAGGCGCAUCAGAUCCUGCAGCAGAAGCCGGCGCAGUAUCUGCGCUUCAACCAGCACCAGCUGUCCCGCAUCUACCCCUCGUCCUACCGCGUUGACUCCAGCAACUACAACCCACAGCCCUUCUGGAAUGCUGGCUGCCAGAUGGUGGCCCUGAACUACCAGUCAGAGGGACGCAUGCUGCAGCUCAACCGCGCCAAGUUCAGUGCCAAUGGCAACUGUGGCUACGUGCUCAAGCCUCCGUGCAUGUGCCAGGGUGUCUUCAACCCCAACUCUGAGGAUCCACUGCCCGGGCAGCUCAAGAAGCAGCUGGUGUUGAGGAUCAUCAGCGGACAGCAGCUCCCCAAGCCGAGGGACUCCAUGCUGGGGGACCGUGGGGAGAUCAUCGACCCCUUCGUGGAGGUGGAGCUUAUUGGACUCCCCGUGGACUGUAACAAGGAGCAGACCCGCGUGGUGGACGACAACGGAUUCAACCCCAUGUGGGAGGAGACCCUGGUGUUCCUGGUGCACAUGCCGGAGAUGGCCCUGGUCCGAUUCCUCGUGUGGGACCAUGACCCCAUUGGGCGGGACUUCAUCGGCCAGAGGACACUGGCCUUCAGCAGUAUGAUGCCAGGCUAUCGGCACGUGUACCUGGAGGGCAUGGAGCAGGCCUCCAUCUUUGUCCAUGUGGCCAUCAGUGACGUCAGUGGUAAGGUCAAACAGGCUCUGGGCCUAAAAGGCCUGUUCCUCCGCGGCCCAAAGCCCGGCUCACUGGACAGUCAUGCUGCUGGGCGACCACCACCCCGGCCCUCCGUUAGCCAGCGGCUUCUGCGGCGCACGGCCAGCGCCCCCACCAAGAGCCACAAGCCGGGCCGCAAGGGCUUCCCGGAGCUGGUCGUUGGCACGCAGGACGCGGGCUCUGAGGGGGCUGCGGACGACGUGGCGCCGCCCAGCCCCAGCCCUGCCCCAGGGGCCCUGCCCCACGAGGGGCCCAACAGCAUCAGCCCCCAAGAUGCUCGCCCCCCGUCCAUGCAGAGGUCAGUCUCCUCCCUGUGUGGCCUGGAGACCAUCGCCGAGGAGCCGACCCCUGGCCCUCCACUGCCACUGGCCACCCCCACCAGCUCCUGUCUGGAAGGCCCCCAGUGCUCCAAAGGACUUGGCACCAGUGCUGGGGCAGGCUCCCAAGAGGUGGUCCUGGGAGCUUCUGGGCCCCCUCAGCUCAGGACUGGGGGCCACAGGGACACUGAGGCACGCCCUGACAGCAGGUGGUGGGCAUGCCACAGUGGGGACCCUUGGGGGACAUCUGAGGGGCCUGCUGACAGUCAGAUGGGCUGCAGGGGCCUGCCCCGAGCACCAGGCCAGCUGCCCAUGGUGAGAAAGGCCAGGAGUGAGGUGCAGGCGCCCACAGAGGUGCUGAGUGGGAGGCGGCCCCUUGCUGGGCCUUCCCCCACCCCCGCCGUGUACUCAGAUGCCACAAGCAGUGACCGGUUGUGGCAGCGCCUGGAACCCGGCAGCCACCGUGACAGUGUGUCCUCAUCCUCCAGCAUGUCCUCCAGCGAUACUGUCAUUGACCUCUCCCUGCCCAGCCUGGGCCUGGGCCGCAGCCGGGAGAGCCUGGCUGGGGCCGCAUCUGGUCGCCUGCCCCCAAGGCCCUGCCCCACCUGCCCAGGUCUACCCCUGGUGACCAAGAGCAAGUCCAACCCCAACCUGCGGGUCACUGGCCAGCUGCCUUCUGCACCCGAUGAGCUGCGGCCCAGACCCUUGGCCCCUCGGCCACAUGGAUCCCUGCCUGGCCCCCGGCCCCGACCCCCCUGGAGUCGCCUCUCCCUGGUGGGCCUCCAGGACUGCCCUGUGGCUGCCAAGUCCAAGAGUCUGGGAGAUCUGACUGCUGAUGACUUUGCUCCCAGCUUUGAGAGCAGGCCCCGCAACCCAGGCCGAGGCCUGGGGCCCCCAGGUGACCCACGGCCAGACGCCCUGACCGAGCAGCUGCGAUGGCUCACUGGCUUCCAGCAGGCUGGGGAUAUCACCUCUCCCACCAGCCUGGGCCCGGCUGGGGAGGGUGCGACAGUGGGGCCGCCCGGCUUCCUGCGGCGCUCCUCCUCCCGAAGCCAGAGCCGCGUGCGGGCCAUCGCCAGCCGGGCCCGCCAGGCCCAGGAGCGGCAGCAGCGGCUGCAGGGCCUGGGUGCACCGGGGCCCCCCGAGGAGCGUGGCACCCCAGAAGGUGCCUGCUCUGUGGGUCAGGAGAGCUGUGUGGACGCACCAGGCCCCCCAAAGGGGGCCCCUGGUCAGGUGUGUGGGGCCAGCACUAGCCCCCUCUUACUCAGACUCUGA